CAUUUUGAGGGAUGCCUGAAACUGCGCAGGGCAAAAGCGACCCUCUAACCGGGGUGGACAGCUACACUCCUGGGUAAUUAGAUUUCGGCGUCACAAAAGACAAAACAUUUCACUUCAUUUCGUUUUAAUCCAAACCCGUUAGCCCAGAACCGAGGAUAUUAACCGACGUUCAUCUGUCGGUGUGUGAUUUCAAGAACGCGACUUAACCCACAGGAGCAAGAAAUCACUCCAAAAAACGAUCAGAAGUUCACCGAAGUUUCUCAGUGUUCAUCAUGGAGGAGAAGAAGGAGGAGAGCGAAGCGGAGAUCCACGAACACGGACCCGAACAUUGGUUCUCCAAAUGGGAGCGUCAAUGCCUCGCAGAGGCCGAAAGGGAAGAACCGAACGAGGAGGAGGUGGACCAGAACCAGGAGAAACUGUGGCAUCUCUUCCAGAAUUCCGCUACGGCGGUGGCGCAACUUUAUAAAGAUCGAGUCUGUCAUCAGCAAGGACCGUCAUUGUGGUCUCCAUUUCAGAACGCUGCAACAGCAGUGACUAAUCUUUACAAAGAGAGUGUUGAUGCACACAAGAGGAGCUUUGACUUAGGAAUCCAGAUCGGCCAUCAGCGACGUAAUAAAGAUGUUUUGGCCUGGGUAAAAAAACGAAGGAGAACUAUACGAAGAGAGGAUUUGAUAAGUUUCCUAUGUGGUAAAGCACCACCACCAAGGACUUCUAGAGCUGCCCCCAAACUGACUGUCAUGUCUCCUAACCGACCACCUUCGUCGGACACAGUAUCAUCUGUAGAGACUGAUUUACAGCCCUUCUGUGAGGCCAUAGCACUACAUGGUCUAAGUGGAGCGAUGGCCAGCAUCAGCGUCCGCUCAAACACUCCCGGCUCUCCGACUCACGUCAGCGGCAGCUCAAACGCAGGACGCAGAAGGAACGGACUGCACGAUGUGGACUUAAACACUUUCAUAUCGGAGGAGAUGGCCCUCCACCUUGGCAGCGCAGGCACCAGAAAGCGAACCUCGGUCCAGUGCGCCGACGUCAUCACAGACUCCCCAACCCAUAAACGCAACAGAAUGCUCUGAACUCAGUUGUUGUUCUGUAUGCUUUGUGCUGCUUAAAAUAAAAGCCACUCGAUCCUCAACACUUGCGUUCCCUCGUAAGGAAACAAGGGGCGCAAUACACUUGCAUAUUCAGUACAGUAUGCCAUACGGUGGAGGCUAGUUCAUACCGCUCCAUGCAUGUUUAGUUUUUUUUUUUUUUUUUUUUUUUGAGUUGUACGAUGCUGUCAGUAUCCAUUUUAUUGAAAACAUAUUAAGUACUAGAUUACAACAUCUAAAUAGGCUAUUUUUAGUUCACGAUAUCUCCUAGUUGCGCUUCCUAGUAUUGCCAAGCUAAUAACUCAAUGUUUGUUUUCAGAUAAAGGCGUCAGCAUCAGCUCGUUUCCCAUCGGUAUAUUUCAUUUCUCCUUUGCACUCAUUGAAUGGCAGUUCUGUUGUGAUCAGUUUAGAAAUGUACAACGUUAGUAGUCAUACUUGAAACUGCUGCUGAUCUAUAUGUUUGUGUGAUCUUGAGAAGGUUGCAAUAAUGAAUUUGCACUAAUGCAUUCAGUUUUGUUUUUUAAUGAACCAUAUAGACAUCAAAAGAAAGGCAAGGGAAGUAAGGUGCAUGAUACAAUGGUGCAAUUGUUGACAUUUUACAUUUCAAGGCUGUUGUGAUUUGCUUUAGGGGUUAGGUGAGUUUUUGUGCUGUAAGAAUGAUGUUCAGCAGAGCUUUCUCUCAGGAGAGGUACUGAAGUAGAGAAAAACUGUGUCGUCUUGAAAUUGAAGUGUCCUUUAAGUGCUUUUCAAAUCCAGGUCAGAGGAUUUGGAGAGCUGCACAUGUACAGUCCAGCUUUGUGCUGAUGUAUAGAAGUCAAGCUGGACUCUGACCCCCUUAAAAGUAGAAAUAUAUGUUAAUAUGAGCUUCUGGGUAAUGAAAGUGUGUGAUACACUACUAUGCCACUCUUGAUUUAACAUGACGUUUUCUUUUUGCCCUCGUCAUUAUUUCUUGAUAUACUUAGGUCGUAAAUACUAUUGAUUGAUAUGAUCCUCAUGUCAGCUAACUCUGGUGGUGGGGAAUCAUGAUGUGGAGUGUAUUUGGUUUUUUUGUCAAAUCCCAAUCAGACUGCUUUCUGCAGACAUAUUUAAUUACAAAUGUUUCAGAGCCAGUUUGAUUUCUGUUCCUGUAAUAAGAACAUUGGCUUUUUAGUUACUGAUUUCAAGACUAAUUCCAUAAAUUCAUAAAUGAACAUGGAUCUAAUAUUGAUUGCUCUGAAAAGGAAGUGCUUAUCAUUAAUUGAAUUGACAUGUAAUGCAUUUUGUUAAUUUAAAGGUCAGGACGUGAAGCUAACAUUUUGUAAAUGUCAAGUUGGAGAGAAAAAUGUCUAGAUUAUCCAGAACAUCAUAAUGAAACCACAGUUGCCAUUUUUGAAAAAACUUGUAUAAGUUAUAGGCUAAGUUAUUAAAGUUACAUUUGUAUAUUCA